CAAUUGAUGAACUGCCUUCGAGCAAACAUUUAACCCACUGCUGCUCCAGUCAGGUUGGUUAGAGGGAGCUGUGAGAGUAAACCAUAUUUUUAAUUAUCUUUACAACUAUUUCUAAAGGGACAAAAGGCUUAAGCAGUUGCAUACACGAAGAGUUUCUAACUUUUGAUCCAAAAGUUUCUGUACCCUGUGACUCAAACGUGUCACUCUGCAGUUUCCACCAGGGGAUUCAGAGGUAUGAGAUGGAGAGGGGGUCACCAGUGCUUUUCUUAAUUCUGUACAUCCGGGGAAAUACUACAAAUAUGGACUCCACUCUGGCCAUCCUAUUUUCUAUGUUGCAACUUUUAAUUGUGAGCACGGCUGCUCCUCUGCCGGUGGAAGUCGUGAAGAUGAAAUCGAAAGUGAAAUGGAUGGCUGAACAGCUAGUGGUUAGGCUGAACAGAGAUUUCCAGGUCCCUAUUGGCCUGACACUCAGUCCACCUGCAGAUGAUCUGGAUGGACUUUCCUCCAUAGUGACAAUCUUGGAGGGUUACAACAGCCUGAUAUCCAACUCCCUCGAUGGGGUCUCUCAGGUCAAGGUUGACAUCUCUUCGCUGACGGGAUUCCUCAGUCAGUGGAGGCAAGAGCACUGCAGUGAGCAGCGGCCAAAGCUUUCAGUACCAGGGGUGCUGCAAGAGCUACAGAGACGGAAAACGUUCAUUCACACCGUGAGCAUCGAGGCUCUCAUGAGAGUGAAGGAGUUCCUCAAUCUGCUGCUGAAAAAUCUAAAUCAUCUCAAGACUUGCUGAAAGACAGACAUUCAAUAUUUUAAGUUGUUGGCCAGAUUUCUGGACAAGAUUUGCAAGUCUGCAUCAGUGAUGUCUGACUUUGCAUUCUCCCCCUGGCUACGAUGAACUUUUGCAAUGUGUUUUGAAGGAAAUGUAUUCUUGAACAUGAACUUAUUUAUAUACACAUGUAUUUAUUUAUAUAUUUUAGUAUUAGUAAAAUAUGUAUUUGGUAACAAAUGUUACAAAACACACUUUUCAUCAGGAUGUUUGCAGCAAUAGCGUAUGUUCAGCAGGAAUGUUUAUAUGCAAACUGAUUGACUGCUUCUGCCUCUGGGUGAAAAAUAUGGAUCGAUAUAUUAAUUCAGUCAUGAAUCUGAUGUGUAAGGUUGACUGCAGCCAGAGGAAAUCACUGAGUCAUCCCUGGAAAUUCCUGAAAACCAGCUUGAAACCCAGAACAGUUAUGUUUGUAUGAGAAUUAAAGAUAACAGGAAGAACAGGAAGGGCAAUAUUUCAAUGCAAUAUCAUCAGCUCUUCCAAAAUGGCUAUUUAUAUCCGUAGAUAUUUUGUAUAUUUUUGUACAGUUGACACUAUUUUUUUAUAACUAAUGGAUUAAAACUAUUAAUAAAUAUUUAACAACAA